AUGGCAGGGUUUAAGACGAUUACAUCAGCAGCGCAAGUCCUAGCUGUUCACAUCCACGUCGUGCCUCCCAGGCAAUGCUGCACCCACCGUUCUCAAGCGAGUAUAAAUUCUCGCGGUGCUGUAGCUGAAACAGCAGGGCAAAGGCGAAUAUCUGGCGCCGUAAAACCAGAUCGAACAGGGAAAGGACAAUACCCGAAAUUUAAGGGCCAGGCACAGGGACUUAGGCGGCAACCCCGUCAAGUGUCUAGAUUGCGAUGGGCUAAUCACCUAUCCAGCCAAAACGCAACUGAUUAUAAAACAUAA